UUUAGUCCAGUGGGAGGGAGGGAGCCUACCUCACAGGGAUGUUGUGAGGGUAAAAUGGGAGGCAUUAUACACCUCUGAGCUCCUUGAGGGAAAGGUAGAAUAUAAAUGUAAUAAGUAUUUUGUUGAUUGAUUGAUUGAUUGAUUGAUUGAAUAUACCCGGAGGUCUCAGGGCGGUUCACAGAAAAGAUCACAAUACAUAAAAAACAAUACCCAUCCCAAAAAGAGCCGCAUUUUAAAAGCGCAUAGGAUGGCAAUCAAAUCAACCAAAGGCCUGGUUUAAAAGGAACUUUUUUGCCUGGCGCCUAAAGGUGUAUAAUGAAGGCGCCAGGCGGAGCUUCCCUGGGGAGAGCAUUCCAUAGACAGGGAGCCACUGCAGAAAAGGCCCCGUUCUUGUGUUGCCACCCUGCAGACCUCUUAUGUAGGAGGCACAUGGAGAAGGGCCUCAGAUGACGAUCACAGAGCAUACUCUCAGUGUGUAUAACUUGUUACGUGGUCGACUCUUCCCAGACUGCAUCUUUGGGGAAGAGCUGUAGCAAAGAUGAUGAUGAUAAUUUUAUUAUUUUUGUUACAGUCGUACCUUGGUUUUCGAACAGCUUAGUUCUCAAACGUUUUGGCUCCUGAACGCCACAAACCCGGAAGUGACUGCUCCAGUUUGCAAACUAUUUUUGGAAGCCAAACGAGCUUCCUGCAGCCAAUCAGAACCCGCACUUUGGUUUCCGAACGUUUUGGAAGUCGAACGGACAUUUUGGAAGUCGAGAUGGCUCAGGCGGGAAAGCAUUUGUGCCCUACCUGCGGGAAAGGUUUUGCUUGCAAGUCAUGGCUCGUCACCCACGAGAGAACCCACACGGGAGAGAGGCCUUACAAAUGCUCGGAGUGCGGGAAGUCUUUUGCAGACAGGUUGACCUGUACAAAACAUGAGAGAAUACACACCGAGGAAAAACCCUAUAGAUGCUCGGAGUGUGGGAAAUGUUUCCGUAGGAAAGCAGAGGCUGUGGUGCACGAGAGGACUCACACCGGAGAAAAGCCCUACAAAUGUUCUGAGUGUGAGAAAUGCUUUGCUCAGUGUUCUCACCUGGCGGUUCAUCGUAGGGUCCACACCGGGGAGAAGCCUUAUAAGUGCUCGGACUGCGGAAAGUGCUUUGCUCACAAAGCGCACUUUGCGGACCACCAAAGGCGGCACACGGGCGAGAAGCCUUACGAAUGUGCGGAGUGCGGCAAACGUUUCGUUCAGCAGUCACAGUUUGUGUGCCACCGGCGAGUCCACACGGGAGAAAAACCCUACAAGUGUUUCGAGUGUGGGAAAUGUUUUCCUUACUACAAAUCCUUCAUGGGUCAUCAAAGGUUGCACACGGGAGAGAAGCCUUACAAAUGCAUUGACUGUGGGAAGUGCUUUGCUCAACGGCCGCACCUCGUGAGCCACCGGAUACGCCACACGGGCGAGAAGCGCCACGAAUGCCCGGAGUGCGGGAAAUGCUUCGCUGACCGUUCCGGCCUUACAGUCCACAAGAGAGUCCACACGGGAGAGAGGCCCUAUAAGUGUUCCGAGUGCAAGAAAUGCUUUGCUCAGCGUUCUCAGCUAGCAGUCCACCUGAGAUUCCACACGGGAGAAAAACCCUUUCUGUGCCUGGAUUGCGGGAAAGGUUUUGCUGAUACCUCAAGCUUGGUGCAACACAAAAGGAUACACUCCGGCGAGAAGCCCUACAAAUGCUCACAGUGCGGGAAAGGUUUUGUGGGAGGUUCGGGCCUUAAAAGGCACCAGAUGGUCCACAGAGGAGUGAAACCUUGCGAAUGCUCCGAGUGUGGGAAAUGUUUUCCUUCCGGUUCGCAUCUUGUGCGGCACAAGAGAAUCCACAUGGGAGAGAAGCCCUAUAAAUGUAUGGAAUGUGGGAAAUGCUUCACGGAUACCUCAGCUUAUGUCUGCCACCUCCGGGUCCACACAGGAGAAAAACCCUACAAGUGCUCGGAGUGUGGGAAAUGCUUUGCUUAUAGUUCGGCAUUUGCAUACCACCAGCGAAUUCACACGGGAGAGAAGCCCUACCAUUGCCCCGAGUGUAGGAAGUGCUUCUCCAACAGCACAGCCUUCUCUAGACACCGUGAAGCCCAUUGCGGAGGGAAAGCCGAGGAAGGGCACCAAGACAUCAUCACUGAGUCAUUAAACCCGCUUGGACAAAGUGAAAUAGGACCUUGGGUCUCAAAGUCAGUAACAAAAACAUUCUGAGAGAGAAAGAGAGAAACGUUUAUACAAUGGCAAGGCACAAGGUGUGGCCGGAAAGUUCGGUGAAUGGUCACAGAAAUCGGGCAGCGAGAAAGGAUCGAGCAUACAUACCAUACAGGUAGGCCCCCUCUGAUACAAGGCACCGUUGACAACGUUCGUAGAACUGUUGGAAACUUCUGGAAAAGUCCUCUUUUCGUACUGCUUUCAGAUCCCUCGUCACAGCAGCUUGGACGUGUGAAAUGUUGGGAAAUCUGUGCAGAUUUCAUUUUUGGAAAAAGAAAGAAAUCCGGUGGGGCCAGAUGAGGAGGAAUAUGGAGGGUGGGACGACUCAGUAACCUCAGUAACGAUUUCACGCAGAAUAUGCAAUUCUUCCGCCAUCAUUCGGACGGAUGGACGCCGAUCCUGCAUCAGUAACUCAUGAACUUUUGCCGCCGUUCUGUUCGUCGGCCGUCUGCCAGACAUGAACCAGCUCAGACUUCCUUAUCCAUUGAGCUUCUCUGGUAGAGGGAAGAGAACAAAGGCUUGGUUACCUGGUCACUCCCAAGAGGAGCUAAGCCUAGCAGGACAGCUUACUCUAUGCUUUUAACCCCUUACUUGAGCACGUGGUCCUUUUUCCCUGUCACCGCCUCUAUCUGCCACAGCUACUUCCAGAAACAGAUCACAAUCUGCCCUCACUAAAUAUAUGCCACAACCACACAAGCCUUCCAUUCCCAGCUCCGGCCUAACUGCCCCCAAACUACCAUUUUCCUGGCUUUCCAAACCCCUUAGCAACGGUUGCCGAGGUUGCCCCAAACUGUCUCACUAUUAACUACUUGCAGACCUAACAUAUUGAAUAAGAGAACAAGAAGAACAUAUGCCUAAAGAAGACUGGGAAAUGUUUAUUGAAUAUAUGGAGGAAAAUUGUGUUUAUUUUAAAACAUGGGCAGCAUUAAGAUAAAUUCAACAGUGUAAAUACGUUUUGAAGGAUGUAAUAAUGGAAUACUGAAUGGUUUAGUUUAUAUAAAAUAUGCAGGGAUUUAUGUUGUGCAAAAUGAACCAUGGAAAGAGAGGAAGGGAAGUCACUGACAUUUUAAGGUUGCUGAAGUGAAUAUUCUAAAAUGUAAAACAGAAAUUCGAUUCUAAAAAAUUAAAACUACAAAACGGAAACGCCACAAACACAGAUUCACAUGCACCGCCUGCCAACAGAAUUGUUCAAGAACGGCAAUAAUAAAAGCUAACGCUGGAGACCGCUUCGUGCCGGGUGUGAGUUUGCAUGGGUGUGCCAAACUUUCCGUUUCCCUCCAGGAAAUUAUAAUUCCCCCAGGAGUCUCAGCCUUCUCCGGUUCACGUUCAGCUUUAAAUACCUGUAGAUGGCGUUGCUGAGAGAAGGGUGGGGUGGGGAAUCACCAGCAAAUAGUUUUUCUCGCCCUCCCAUAAUACCAGAACGCGAGACCAUGCAGUGAAGCUGAGUGUUGGAAGAUUUGGGAGGACAGAUUAUUUAUUCACACCACAUACACUCAGAACUGUGGGAUUUGCUCCCGCAACACGUCCACCAGCUUGGACAGCUCAGUUGGUUAGACUAGCAUGGUGCUGAUAACACCAAGGUUGCAGGUUCGAUCCCCGGACAGAUGCAUAUUCCUGCAUUGCAGGGGGUUGGACUAAAUGAUCCCCGGGGUGCCUUCCAGCUAUGAGAUAAAGCUUUAAAACUCCCAGAAACUCCAGCGGGUGCAGAAUGCAGCAGCGAGGCUCCUCACGGGGUCCUUGCCAUGGGAGCAUAUUCACCCAGUCCUUUACCAGCUGCACUGGCUCCCGGUGGAGUACCGGGUCAGGUUUAAGGUGCUGGUUUAGACCUUUAAAGCCCUAUGCGGACUAGGACCCUCAUACUUACGGAACCACCCCACAGAGGACCCUAAGGUCCAUGAAUAAUAACAAUUUAAGGGUCCCAGGCCCUAAAGAGGCCAGAUUAUCCUCCACCAGGGCCAGGGCCUUUUCAGUGAUGGCUCCGACCUGGUGGAAUGUUCUGUCCCAUGAGACUAGGGCCCUGCAGGACUUGAUCUCCUUCCGCAGGGCUUGUAAGACAGAGUUAUUCCACCUGGCCUUCAAUUUAGCCUCAUCCUCCAUUCCUUUUUCCCUUCCCUUUUUCUAUGAAGAAACCCUUCUGGGCCCCCACAUUUAAAUUCUUCCCUGGUCUCCUUGCUGGCCUUAGCAAGACUAACUUGGCCAGUUAGCCCUGGCGAUGCUACAUUUAUAUUGUAUUUUAUGCUGUUUUAAGCUGUUUUUAAGUCGUUUUUAAUCAAUGUUUUGUAUUUGUUGUUAGCCGCCCUCAGCCCAGUUUCUAAACCAGGAAGGGCGAGGUAUAAAAAGUAUUUUAUUAUUAUUAUUAUUGGGGGGGUUGAACAAUUUCAGAGAGGAGGAGGAUAAGGCUAUCUUCCAGAGAUGGCAAGCCUCUGAGCACAGUUGCUGGGAAUCGCCAGUGGGAAGAGGGCUGUUGUACUCGUGCCCCACUUGCAAGCUUCCCAUGGGCCUCUGGCUGAUCAUCGGGAUAACAGGAUGCUGGUCUGAUCGAGGAGAUCUGUUCCUGUGUUCCGAGGUCAUACCCAUACCAUACCAUCAGGCUUCCUCAGCCUCGGCCCUCCAGAUGUUUUUGGCCUACAACUAGCAAGAGGGAGCUGGGUAUGUUUAGCCUGGAGAAGAAAAGGUUAAGGGGGUGAUAU